ACUUCUUCAUCUUCUUCCUCUUCUUUAUCUUUAGAGCGACACAGACCAUAUUGUCCACUCAGCUGCAAGGUUUUGUAACGGUUGGUAGAGGGCAUUGUUGUCAUUCUGCACCGCUUGAAAACAACAGCUGAGAGCAACUGGCCAGCGGUGUUUGAGACUUGAAAGAGAAAACAAAGAUGUCAUGUCUCUCAGUUUUUACACUAAACUUGUUUUACUCACUCAGCCAUAGAGCUAACAUUAGCAAAAUCAGCUUUAAAAUGAAGAUAUAAUCAUUUUCUUUGCUUUUUCACUUCCUCACCAAUGCCUCUCUCUCUCAUCAACUCUUUCUUUUCUUUGAUUUUACUCUAUAGUUUUCUCUUUAAUUUUUGAGUUUUUGUUUCAUUUUCUGAGCUAUCUUCUUCACAAUUCAUUACUCAUUUGAGAAAAUCCUAUAAUGGAAACUGGUUCGAGCUCAGAUUCUGUUGGCAAGUUGGAGCUACAGAGAGAAAGAGCUACCGCUAACACGAAACUCGGCUCUACACUGCCGAAGAUCGAGCCAUUUGUGUCAAGAACUCAUAAUCCAAGAGAGCUGAAAUCUUGGGCUAAGAGAACUGGCUUUGUCUCCACUUUCUCUAGUGAAACCACUACAAGCAACAGCGAAAAGUUUGAUAGCAGCACUGGCUUUGACUUGGAGAGGGGUCUUCACCAUCAUAAGAACGGUGGGUCGUCCCCAAAAAUCGAGAUCGACCCGAUUCUUGGCCGGACCAGGCCUGCUAGAGGCUCAGAAAUUGAACCUGCUUCGGGUUCAGCUUCUAGGUCAGGCAAUGAGUUCAGGAAUGGAAAUGGUAGGAGCUUGGGAUUGAGAGAUGAGAAGAAGAGGAGGAGAAUAGGAGAUGAAUCUGUUGUGGGAGUUAAGGAUGGGGAAAGGAAAGUUGGAUUAAAUGGAAAUGGAAUUGGAAUUGGCAAUGUUAAUGUGAAUGGCAGUGGCGCCAGGAAUGAGAGUGUAAAUGGUACUGUAAAUGAAAUCCCGGCAACUACUCCGCCUAUGGAGCCAAAGAAAGAAGAAGAAAAUGCUGGAACUGAUAUUGGAAUUGAGAUGUAUCCGGGUGGGGAUGAUCCUGAUACUGGAGGGUGGCACAGACACAGUGGAAUGAGACUUGGUUUGAGAGAUAAUCCUGGUUUUGUGUCACUAAUGUAUUAUGCCCUGCAACACUAUUUAUCAUUGGCUGGCUCACUGAUUUUCAUCCCCUUGAUCAUUGUACCAGCCAUGGGGGGGACAGAUAAAGACACUGCUACAGUGAUUUCUACAAUGUUGCUGCUCUCUGGCAUUACAACAAUAUUGCAUUCCUACUUUGGUACCCGACUUCCAUUAGUUCAAGGGAGUUCAUUUGUGUAUUUGGCACCGGCAUUAGUUAUCAUGAAUGCACGGGAGUACCGGAAUCUCUCAGAACAUAAAUUCAGACACAUAAUGAGGGAGAUCCAGGGGGCUAUAAUUAUUGGUUCAAUAUUCCAAAGCAUAUUGGGAUUCACUGGUUUAAUGUCCCUUCUUCUAAGAUUGAUUAAUCCAGUUGUGGUUGCACCAACUGUCGCUGCAGUAGGUUUAGCAUUUUUUAGCUAUGGUUUUCCCCAAGCUGGUAGUUGCGUGGAAGUUAGUGUUCCUCUGAUACUAUUGGUUCUUAUAUUCUCCCUGUAUCUUCGAGGAUUAUCUAUCUUUGGACAUCGCUUGUUCCAAAUUUAUGCGGUCCCCCUGAGUAUCAUGAUCAUAUGGACAUAUGCAUUCUUUCUGACUGCUGGUGGAGCAUAUGAUUAUAAAGGAUGCAGCCCUGACAUACCAAGUUCAAAUAUUUUACUCGAUUCAUGUAGAAGGCAUGCAUAUACGAUGCAGCAUUGCAGGACUGAUGUUUCUAAUGCAUGGAGAACUUCUGCAUGGGUCAGAAUUCCCUACCCUUUACAAUGGGGCGUCCCCAUCUUCCAUCUAAGGACUUCCAUGAUCAUGAUAAUUGUGUCACUGGUUGCAUCAGUGGAUUCGGUUGGAACAUAUCACUCUACUUCCUUACUAAUUAACUCAAAGCCUCCAACUCCAGGAAUUGUCAGCAGAGGAAUUGCACUGGAGGGCUUCUGCAGUAUACUGGCUGGACUUUGGGGUUCAAGUACUGGUUCAACGACCUUAACAGAAAAUAUGCAUACCAUCAACAUAACAAAGGUGGCCAAUCGGAGGGCUGUGGUUCUUGGAGCAGUUUUCUUGAUCCUCUUCUCAUUUGUAGGAAAAGUGGGUGCUAUUCUUGCUUCUAUACCACUUUCAUUGGCUGCUUCCAUACUUUGCUUCAUGUGGGGCCUUAUUGUGGCAUUGGGUCUCUCAACUUUGCAGUAUGGUCAAACAUCAAGUUUUAGGAACAUCGCAAUAGUAGGUGUUUCAUUGUUCCUUGGUUUGUCAAUUCCUGCCUAUUUUCAGCAGUAUCAACCUGAAUCUAGCUUGAUACUGCCAAGUUAUUUUGUGCCUUAUGGGGCAGCUUCAAAUGGACCAGUCCACACUAGCAGUAAACAAUUUGAUUUUGCGAUAAAUGCACUUAUGUCCAUGAGCAUGGUGGUGACUCUCUUGAUAGCAUUUGUACUUGAUAAUACAGUCCCUGGUACCCGACAAGAAAGGGGGGUGUAUAUAUGGUCAAAUCCUGAAGACUUGGCUACUGAUCCAUCUAUAUAUGCAGAUUAUUCCCUUCCUACAAAAGUUUCACGGUUCUUCUGUUGGUCAAGAUGUUUGCGUACAUAAUAUACGGUUUUUCAGGAAUUUACUUUGCUAUAUGACCUUUAGCAGACUACAGUAUGCUUAUGAGUAGUUGUGAAGUUCCUAGGUUGAGAUACUGUUUGCUAUAUGACCUUUAGCAAACAUAGUGUCAGUAAUAUAUUCAUCUUUACUACACGAACUCGACAAAUUUCAUACAUUACUGAACUAAUGACAUUGUAUUUUGUCAUAGAAAAUAACAUGGUUGAAUUCACAUCA